AUGGCAAGGCCGCCGGCUGCAGGGGAUGGCGAUAUGGCCUGGGGCGGGGGCGCGGAGUACCUGCUGGAGCCGGCGCUGGAGACCCCGCUGCGGAGGGAUCAAGUGCGCGUCGACGUAGCGGAGGCGUACUCGAGGAAGCCGCACCCCGACCCGGAGGCUCUUCUGGCCAAGAACCCCCUCCUGUUCAACGGCUCCAAGUUUUGGUUGGCGGGGUUCUCCACGGAAGGCGACCGCAAACCGUCGGCCACGGCUACCGCUACCGCUAACCCCGCCGGUGGUGCCGUGUCCGAUACGACGGACUCUUCUGACGGGGGGGGAGGGGGCGGGAGGCACACACCGCCGCUGCCGCCGCUGACUAACGCCGCCCGGCGGCGGUCUCGCUCUCCGACGUCGUCGCCACCUACGCGGAAGCUGCGGCUUCGGCUCGGCCUGACGGACUACAGAACGUUUCGGGGGACCAACUGGUCCCCCUCGGCCGCAAGGCUAGCGGCAGACAGCGCGCGCGACCACCCGUGGCUGGAGGCGGCCUACCUGUCCCAGAAGCUGGGCGUGGGUGCGGUGGUGGAGACCAAGGACGGGUUCCUGCUGUCGCUGUGCCGCAGCAACGGCGUGGCGGAGGGGCAGGGGAUGAUGGGGGCGCCGGGGGGGCACCCUGAGCCGGAGAAGCUAGGGCUUACGCCGGAGGUCCUCCGGAGCCUGUCGACUAAGGCGGUGUCGAGCCGCCGAAAGGUGGGGCAGCAGGCCGCGGACGAGCUGUUCGACAGCGCCGUCCAGGAAGUCGUGGACGAGACGAACGUGCCCCGGGAGGCCCUGGGGGAGCCGCUGCUGUCGGGGGUGGUGCGCCAGGGCAACAGCUUCGGGGCUCCGACGGCGGCGUUCAUCAUCCCGUGCUCCCUCACGCGAGGCGAGGCAGCGGCACUCUACGCCAAGGGCGCCAAGGAGGCGUUCGAGAGCACCGGUCUUCGAGCCGUUCCCGGCUUAGAGAUCGUCGCCGAGGGGGUCCGUGGAUGGUUCUCCAAGAGGGGCCUGAGGGCCACGCCGUCGUUCCAGGGGGCCCUCGAGCUCUGGAGGGGGCACCGCCUGAUGGGGGGGGGGGGAGGGGACAACGACGACGACUGA